CACGAUCUACAUGCAGGAAGGGACCCAACAAUGACAGCUCAGUCAGAGUAAUGAGCUAAUGCAGUAGAGGGCACUCGGAAAGUUUCGUCUCCUUCAGUGGGCUUCACGGCAGCGUUGGCCAGAAGCAAGUGGAAGCCAAGGUAGCUUACAAAAUUUAUAGUGUCUGUGUUAGGCUGUCGUUUGGACCAUCGUCUUUGCUUCUAGCCAUGGAGUCGGCUGACAGUAUUCAGAACGUGGAACGACAGUGCAAGAUGGUGUACGAGCGCUGUGGGGUUUUCAAGCACAUCGCCACAACGACUGGGGAAGAAACACAAGUUCCUGGAAGGCUAGUGCUGAAAGAAGUAGAUGGUGAGGCGCAAGUCGACUGGAUGCCCGUGAAACACAUCGAUUCUGCUGAUGACGACGGAGGAUGGGCUUUGGUUCGCCAAACAUCUGAGUUUGAAAUCGAUGAAGAGUACAAGCAUCUGGCUGUUAACUUCAAGCUGAAAGAUGUAGUGUCCGUGGGUCGUGCUGAGGCUGUAAUGAAACUACCUUGCCUCACGUUUGAGUUCUCAGAUGAACAAACACCAUGGGAAUCAAUAUACUUCCAUUCCACGCAAACAUCUGAAUUCUGGCAGUGCCUCAACCGAUACCUCAUUCUGGCACGGUCUCCAUCAGAAGGUGGUGUGUAUCGCGUUGAGGGAAGGACGGAUGAGUUGACGAAGUCCUUGCACGGCCUGAACUUUAGUGCUGAGGAGAGUCAAGGAAUUGUGUCUACGUUCUUUUCUACCGGUGUGGAGGUGCUUGGUGGCUUUUCUCGUGUCACCCAGUUCAUGCGCAAGCAGCUUGGUGCUAGCCAUGAUGCGGGAGAUUCAGUAGAUGAGAUGGAGGAAGUCCACGCACCGGCCGUGGACAGCAUUCUCCCUAACGACACUCACAGCAGUGAGCAGUCAGUAACAGCAAGCCUUCAGCAGCAGCAAGUAGUGCUAGACAAUGAUAGUCCCCUUGACUCCUUGGUGCCUAGAACUACAGUUGAUGAUACAAGACAACAGUCGGACCUCGCCGAAAGAAGCAUUGAAACCACCGCCAGCACUACUGUUGAAUCAUUGGCAGCAACGUCCUGUCCCCUUGGUUCUAUCACUGGUGAUUCGAUGGCCGUGGAUCUCGAUGCAACACCCGUGUCCAGUGUUGACCGUGAACACUGUGCUGCUGCUGCUGCUGCUGCUGCGCCUACUGCCGCUGUCAUCGUCACUGAACCGAUGAGCUCCGUUGGUGGCCAGUCAUCCCUUCUGCAGCAGCGACACACUAGCUCCGUAGAUCAAGCUGUCGACUCGUCGUCGAGCGGCACAGAGUUUUCCGAGGACCUCUUCCAGUCAGCGCAGUGCAGUGUGGUCAUGGAUGAGCCGUCCGUGCGCAUCCAUCCCGUUGCAUCCCCUGCUGACGAUGGUGAUGUUAACUCACUGCUCAGUUUGCAGAGCGCGCCCGGGGCAACUUUGGUCGAUUUGGACGGGUAUUUCAGGCGUGAAGAGCAUGUUACCAUGGAAGAGUGGAAGCGUCACCUGACACCAUCCGGCCAUGUUCAGAACGUCGAUAGGUUACGUCGUCGCAUUUUCAAAGGGGGUAUCUCUCCCGAUGUCCGGCCAAUCGUAUGGAAAUUCCUUCUAAAUUACCACGAUUUCAAUGCCAGCAACCAGGAACGCGAGCAAGCGAUUGCCAUCAAGCGUGAGCAGUACUUUGCUCUUCAGCAGCAGUGGCAGACAAUGUUCCCGGCCCAGCUGAAGCGAUUUACGCUGAUGGAGCGUCGUCUGGAAAUCAUCGAUAAGGAUGUGAUUCGCACAGACAGGACCCACCCCAAGUACGCAGUAGCUGGUGGCCCGUAUCUGAAGAGCUUGGAAAGCAUUCUCCGCACCUACAGCAUCUUCAAUUUCGAUCUGGGCUACGUGCAGGGUAUGAGUGACUUGCUGUCUCCGAUUCUGGCUGUGAUGGAUGAUGAGGUGGAUUCAUUCUGGUGCUUCUCUGGACUCAUGGACACUGUGGAGGAUAAUUUCUGCGAGGAUAUGCGUGGGAUGCGCAUGCAGCUUGAGAAGCUGCUCAUUCUGUUGCGUGUCAUCGACCCGCACUUCGUUCAGCAUCUCCAGAAAUGCGGAGCAGAUAACAUGUUCUUCUGCUUCCGUUGGCUGCUCGUCUUUUUCAAGAGGGAAUUCCCCUUCGAUGAUGUCAUGCGUCUUUGGGAGGUCAUUUGGUCGCGCUAUUUGACUCCACACUUCGAGCUCUUCUUGGCUGCGGCCAUUUUGACACAGCAAAGGCAGAUCAUCAUUUCCAAGAAUAUGGACGGCAACGACAUCAUCACGCAUAUCAAUGGUCUGGCUGAUCAAAUGGAUCUGGACAUGAUGUUGAUUGAGGCUGAACGCCUGUGUCGCAAUGUUCUGCGGAUGCCAUCAAACGCUCUGCCGCCCGAGAUCCGUGCGCUCUUCCCACCAAAUGGGCUGCUGGGUGAGCAGGAUUCAUCUGUAUGAAAUGCGCACACACGCACACACGCACACAAUGGACCAGUAACUUUAGCCAUGCUCAAAUUAGGUACAAACACGAAAGCAGAGUUCUCUCUGCCGCCGCUCUCUUCUGGUCUUUGACUGUCGACGUCUCUCUUUUGCCGAGAACAUGGAUAUUCAUGUUCAGUAGUGUUCUCCGUCGCCUUCAAAGUCCUGAAUUUCUCAGAACACUCGCUGUUGUGAUCAUAUCAGUGAGCAUGCCUCCUUUAUAUAGUAGCCGAUGAUGCACAGCUUGCUGUUUGCUCAACUGCCAGUGGCUUUUCUAACCGCGGUUUUUUUUAUGUGGAGCUGUCGAUGUACCACACUCGUAGCCGUGGCAACAGCAGCGGAUCUGUGACUGUGGAAAUAAAAAUGCAGGCUGCCCUCACCAUUCUGCAGGUAUCAUGAUUUCCCGUUUCUUUCUGUAUUGCUAUACUCACUAUCGUAUAUCCGGUAUCUGCCGCUUGUCUUUCUUCCGUUAUGCUUUUUUCUAUUCAAGUUUUUAACCGUCAAAAUGCAGCAUCGCAAACAGGUGUGGUAUUCAGGUUUUUUAGCACACAGCUAGCUGUUUUCGCAUCUAUUCUACUUCAAAAUAUUUUUAUAGUUAUUGCAUACCUUGCUCUUGUCUACAUUUUCUUAGGGUAGCUCUAUGUUGUAUGUAUGUAUGUGUGUAUGUAUGUAUGUAGGCUUCAGCAGUUUCUCUUUUUUCGCCACAAUCUACAUGUCGCAGGUCGUACUCAGUAUUUUCUGCACGGCAUUUUGUACGAUGUGGAAUAGUGUUCUUGAACAAACAAGAGCAGACAGCACUUACUGACCCUGUGUGUUAAACUCUGA